AGAAGAAUGGGCUUUUAUGAGUUGGUCCCUUUUAUUGGCAGGGCCUUCUUUAUCCAAGCUACUCGUCGUCUACUGUACAAUCGUCUGUACAAUGAGUGGCCAUACCUUUGGGGAACGAUUGAAUUGUCGUAUGAGCAAAGGGACGACACAGUACCAGGGCAGUGCAUUUAAAAAUGUCAAUGAACGAACGCCGUUAUCUAGUUGCAAGCACGCACCACACCAGUUUGUCUGGACAGUGACGAAGAAGAAAAUGGCACAAAGAAUGGGCUUACAGCUCUUUGUCAGCAGAUUAUCAUCAUACACCACAAAUCAUGAGCUCAAAAGGUUGUUUUCUCCCUUCGGUGCUGUUUCGGAAGCUAGACUAGUUGUUGAAUCAAAAACACUCAGGCCGAAAGGGUUUGGUUUUGUUACUUUCGAGUCAGAGGCUGAUGCACACAAGGCAUUGAAGGCAAUGAAUGGCAGGAUUGUUAAUGGAAGGCUGAUCUUUGUUGAAGUUGCAAAGGAUACCGAGCGAUGAUGUAGCUCUCAGCAGAUAUUAGAUGAAGGGAUUGUGCACGGUCCUCUUUUAUUUCCCCAAUUCUGUCGGGUAAUUAGGGAAACCAAGAGGGCAUGGACGUCCAAGUGUUGGUAAAAGCAUAUUGUAAGACAAUUUAUGAUUUGUGUAGAAAGUGUAAUUUGUGGAAGGGGGAAAGCAAUGCAUUUGCUUUCAAUACUUUGCUUAAGCACUCGAUUGUGCUCAUGCUUUUGCCCGGACGAGCAACUUGACUUCAUUAUUGUAAAAAGGAGAAGUUGCAUCAUUGUAGAGUUUCCUUGGGUGCUUGGGGGUGAUCUUGUGAUCGAGUUUUAUCCCAAUGCUACCAAAAUAGCAAAAUUGAGUGGAUUCCAGUUAACAGAAUCUCAAAGUUGAGCUCCUUCGGUGAUGGUUUAACAGAUGAAGAGGGCUAUUUAUUUUAGCAGGCAGAGGCUGUGAACUGUGAUAAGGCUACCUCAUACUGUCUAAUGGAUUACAUUAUAAGAUAAACACUUUGCUAGA